AUUAAAUUGUUUUCAUUCAUGUUAUUUCUCUUAUUUACCAUAUUGCAAUAGGCCACAACUCCGGAAUACAAAGCCUACCAACAACAGGUUCUCAAUAAUUCUUCAAGAUUUGCUCAGUGUUUGAUUGAGAAGGGCUAUGAACUUGUAUCUGGUGGAACUGAUAAUCAUUUACUCCUCAUAAAUUUGAAAAAUAAGGGUAUUGAUGGGUCAAGAGUGGAGAAGGUUUUGGAUUGGGUGCACAUUGCAGCUAACAAGAACACAGUACCGGGGGACGUGUCUGCCAUGGUUCCUGGUGGCAUCCGUAUGGGAACCCCUGCUCUUACUUCAAGAGGCUUCCUCGAAGCAGAUUUUGUGAAAGUAGCUGAAUUCUUUGAUGAAGCUUUGAAGUUAGCCUUAAAAAUUAAGGCUGCUGAGCCUAAAGGUGCUAAGUUGAAGGAUUUCGAGGCAACCGUGCAAUCAAAUAAAGAAUUUCAAUAUGAAAUCUCAAAGCUUCGACAUGAGGUCGAGAAGUUCUCCAAGCAAUUUGCAAUCGUAGGUUUUGAGAAAGAGACGAUGAAAUAUAGAGAGUGAAGAACCAAGUUGUACGAUGAAAUAUAGAGAGUGAAGAACCAAGUUGUACCGAACCUUUUUAUAAGAACUUAGUGGGAGUUGGUUAGCCACUUACAUGCAUAAAUAAAUGUCUCAUUGGCCUCAGGUUGUUA